AAAAUGGACAAUCAGCGUCAACCUCCUUCCUGGAGCCCGCCUCCUUUCCCCGCCCCGCCCCCUUCCCAAAUGACUACGGUGGCCUGCUGGGGGAACUCUAGAGAGGGAGCCACCGGGCAGCCGUUGAUGAAGAGCCACGGCCGGAGGCACGGCGCAGGGAUUCAUCUAUGGAUUGGAAAGAGGUGCUGCGGCGACGGUUAGCAGUCCCAAACUCAAAAAAAAAUGAAAAAGAACUUAAAGAGGAAGAAAUGGAUCUGUUUACAAAAUACUACACAGAAUGGAAAGGAGGUAGAAAAAAUGCAAAUGCAUUCUACAAAUCUAUUCCACGGUUUUAUUAUAGGCUCCCAGCUGAAGAUGAAGUUUUAUUGCAGAAAUUAAGAGAAGAGUCUAGAGCUGUUUUUCUGCAAAGGAAAAGUAGGGAACUGUUAGACAAUGAAGAGUUACAGAAUUUAUGGUUUCUACUGGACAAACACCAGACACCACCUAUGAUUGGGGAGGAAGCAAUGAUCAAUUAUGAAAACUUUUUGAAAGUUGGAGAAAAAUCUGGACCAAAGUGCAAGCAGUUCUUUAUGGCAAAAGUUUUUGCUAAACUUAUUCACACAGAUCCCUAUGGAAGAAUAUCUAUCAUGCAGUUCUUUAAUUAUGUUAUGAGAAAAGUGUGGCUCCACCAAACAAGAAUAGGGCUUAGUUUAUAUGAUGUGGCUGGCCAAGGUUACCUUCGGGAAUCAGAUUUAGAAAACUACAUAUUAGAACUCAUCCCCACUCUGCCACAGUUAGAUGGACUAGAAAAAUCCUUUUAUUCUUUUUAUGUCUGCACUGCAGUUAGGAAGUUCUUCUUCUUCUUAGAUCCUCUGAGAACAGGAAAGAUAAAAAUCCAAGAUAUUUUAGCAUGCAGCUUCUUAGAUGAUUUACUAGAGCUUAGGGAUGAAGAACUUUCCAAGGAAAGUCAAGAAACAAAUUGGUUUUCUGCUCCUUCUGCUUUGCGGGUUUAUGGCCAAUAUCUGAAUCUUGAUAAGGACCACAACGGAAUGCUCAGCAAAGAAGAACUCUCCCGAUAUGGAACAGCAACUAUGACCAAUGUCUUCCUUGAUCGUGUCUUCCAAGAGUGCCUUACUUAUGAUGGAGAAAUGGAUUAUAAGACCUAUCUAGACUUUGUGCUUGCAUUAGAAAACCGAAAAGAACCUGCUGCACUGCAAUAUAUUUUCAAAUUGCUUGAUAUAGAGAACAGAGGAUACCUGAAUGUCUUUUCCCUUAAUUAUUUCUUCAGGGCUAUACAAGAAUUAAUGAAAAUCCAUGGACAAGAUCCUGUCUCAUUUCAAGAUGUUAAGGAUGAAAUUUUUGACAUGGUGAAACCUAAGGAUCCCUUGAAAAUAUCCCUUCAAGAUUUAAUCAGCAGUAAUCAAGGAGACACUGUCACUACCAUCCUAAUUGAUCUGAAUGGCUUCUGGACUUAUGAGAACAGAGAGGCUCUUGUUGCAAAUGAUAAUGAAAACACUACAGACCUAGAGGACACAUGAUUUUUAAUAGAUAAACUGACUCCAUUGAGACAUGCUUGAAUACUAUAUAAUCAUUAAAAAAACAUUAAUAAAUUGUAAGAGCAUGAUUAAAAUAUUCAUAUACCUCUAGAAAGCCAUGAGCGCCUAGUUUUUUGGGAUUUUCAAGUUAACUUAAUCAAUGGGGUUAAAUACUAUUUUAAGGAAGUUAAAUAUGAUUAUAUUUAACUCAUAUAUGGCAGACAGUCAUGUAUCACAGGACUUAAACUUUUCCCAUUCAUGACCCCUUUUUGCCUGAGAAAUUUUUAUGUGACCCCCAUCUCGAAUCUAAGAUGAGGUAUUUCUAGCAGGUUUUUUUUGGACAUGCAAAAUGUAUGUAUUAUGUGUUUAGAACCAAGGCUGUAGCAAAAUUGUGUGAUACAAAACAGGCAAAGAGCUGUCAGAAACAUCUCAUAUUCAUUAUGUUUGAUUUUGAAUUAAUUUUUGGUCAUCACAUUCAGAAAUCUUUUACUAUGCGAAAUUUUUCACAAUUCCCACAUUAUCAUGUGAUCCCACAUGGGGUUGUGAUUAAGAAGCUUUGAUGUACUAUGCCAUAAUGUUUUGCUGACAGCAAAAGGCAUAUUUUAAAUUUUUUUAAUAGUAACAAGUAAUUCUAAUAACAAAAUAGGACUUCAAAACAAAACUAUAAAGCUUAGCUUUAUUGUAAAUCAGUCACAAUGGAAGUUCAUGAAAUAUUUUAUAUAUUGUCAUUUGACCCUCAAAAAAAUAGUAUAAGAUAUUAGAAGAAUUAUCCCAUUUUACAGAUGAUGAAACUGAGGCUCAGAAUAGUUAAAUGACAUGAUUAAGUUCACACUGGUAGUGGUAGACCUUA